CGGAAUAGAUUUCAUCCAUACACAAAGGAAAAGAGUGCAGGGACUGGGGAGAAGAAGACUGUUAAUCGUAACAGAGUAUUCAUUAGCAACAUCCCGUAUGACAUGAAGUGGCAGUCCAUUAAAGAUCUUAUGAGAGAGAAAGUUGGUGAGGUUACAUACGUGGAGCUGUUUAAGGAUGCAGAAGGAAAAUCAAGGGGUUGUGGUGUGGUUGAAUUCAAAGAUGAAGAAUUUGUAAAGAAAGCAUUGGAGACUAUGAAUAAAUACGAUCUUAAUGGAAGACCACUUAACAUAAAAGAGGAUCUGGAUGGUGAACAUGCCCGCAGGGCACUGCAGCGUGGGAGUGGACCAUUUACAGGAGGACAUGGUCCAGAUAUAGCACCAGGCUUGAUGAAUUUGCCACCUUCUAUACUUAAUAACCCAAACAUUCCUCCUGAGAUUAUCAGCAAUCUACAAGCUGGCAGGCUGGGAUCCACCAUUUUUGUGGCGAAUCUUGACUUUAAAGUUGGCUGGAAGAAAUUAAAGGAGGUGUUCAGCAUUGCUGGAACUGUAAAACGUGCAGAUAUUAAAGAAGACAAAGAUGGCAAAAGUCGGGGAAUGGGAACAGUGACUUUUGAGCAACCAAUUGAAGCUGUUCAGGCAAUAUCAAUGUUCAAUGGACAGUUCCUCUUUGACAGACCCAUGCAUGUGAAAAUGGAUGACAAAUCAAUUCCUCAUGAUGAUUUCCGUGCAGCAGAUAGCAAAACACCACAGUUGCCCCGUGGACUUGGAGGGAUCGGAAUGGGACUUGGCCCUGGUGGACAGCCAAUAAGCGCAACCCAGCUGAGCAUGGGUAGUGGAAUGGGGAGUGUGGCUCCAGGAGGAAUGGGAGUGGAUGGACCAGGCUUUGGAGGAAUGAAUAGAAUGAGUGGAGGCAUGGCAAAUAUGGGAGGAUUUGGCGGAGUCAACCGAUUGGGAGGAAUGGGAAGCGUAGAUGAUUUCAGAGGGAACAUUGGCAGUGGAAUGAGUGGUGGCAUUGGAACGGGCAUGGCUGCUGGUAUGGGAGAAAUGUUCCGUGGUGGAAUGGGAGGAACUAUUGAUAGAGACUUUGGUCGAAGCGAUAUGGCUUUGAACCGUGGAUUUGGAGACUCCUUUGGAAGAAUGGGUGGUGCAAUGGUUGGUGGUUUUGCAGGAGGCAUGGGAGCUUCUAAUAUGGGCCCAGUAGGAUCUGGAAUGAGUAGUGGAAUAAGUGGGAUGAACAGCAUGACCGGAGGAAUGGGAAUGGGAAUGGGGAUGGGAAUGGAUCGGAUGAGCACCAGUUUUGAUCGAAUGGGACCAACCAUGGGAACUGGCCUGGACAGAAAUAUCGAUAUGGAUCGAGGAUUUGUGCCUGGCCCAAUGGGAAGUGGUGUGAGAGACAGAGUAGGCACCAAAGGCAACCAGAUAUUUGUUAGAAAUCUUCCUUUUGACUUGACCUGGCAGAAGCUUAAGGAAAAAUUCAGCCAGUGUGGUCAUGUAAUGUUUGCAGAAAUAAAAAUGGAGAAUGGAAAAUCGAAAGGCUGUGGAACGGUCAGAUUUGACUCACCAGAAUCAGCAGAAAAAGCCUGUAGAAUAAUGAACGGCAUAAAAAUCAGUGGCAGAGAAAUUGACGUACGUUUGGAUCGCAUUGCAUAAUUUAUAAGUACAUGUUGAGGAACAUUCCUUUAGACAGUUUACUGUAGCUCCUUCCUCUCUCCCCUUUCCCAGUAAGUCAUUUUUAGUAACACUGUAUGCUUUACUUGAGUUGAAGAAACAAUACUUUUAAAAGACCCCCCCCCCAGCCUUUAA